AUGAGUGUAGUUUUGAGCUGUUUUUGGAUUCAAUGGAUUGAAGUUGCUAUCGGAAAAUCAAUCUUGAUUUUAUAUCAUUAUGGAUUCUACACAAUCGAUGGUAAGCUACAACUUCCACUAUUUUUUUUGUUGAAAAUUUGUUGAACCUAUCUACAGAUACAAAUAAAAGUUAUUCGCUUUGGCAUACCUUUGAUGAAAAUCUUAUAAUUAGAAUAACUGACUUCAAGAGAAUCGAGUUACUAUAUUUCGGCUCAUUUCUCCUCUGGCAUUAUGAUUAUUCAUUGACAAUUGGAAUGGGAGGAGUUAUGGCAGAAAGAGUAUUUGCAACUAUUUUUAUCAGUGAUUAUGAGAAGAAAUCGAGAACUUGGAUUCCGAUUUUGAUUGUUUCAGUGGUUCAUUUGAUGUCUAUCCCGUAUUCUUAUAUGAUGCUAGAAAAUAAAACAACACUACAAAUCUCGCUUGGCUUGACAUUUUCAAUGACUAUAAUAUUUAUAACUGUGAGUUUUUUGAAAAUAAAUACAAAAAUUACAAUAUUUUCAGUGCUAUUAUUUUGUAUUGAAAUUGAAUCGCUGGAAAGGAUUUCAAAACAAUCUAACUCUCAGUCAAAAAUUUCAAGUGAAAGAAAAUAUUCGAGCCAUCACAAUUCUCAAAACCUUUGUUUUAGUUGUGGUGACGUAUGUUACCCUAAUUGGAAUUCUAUUAAUAUUAUUGAGCUUUGGAGUUGUUCAAGGAGCCGUGUUGGAUCAUUUGCUCGAAAAUAUGAUUUUAUUGUGGGUGAAAAUGUAUAUAAUCUAUUUAAAAUUUGAAAUUUUUUUUUUUAGAAAUCCAAUACUUUGCAGUUUAGUACUAAUGAGUUGCUCAAAAGUGUGGUCGCAAAAAUUCUUUCCAUUGAAAAUUGCAAAUUAUUUUCAUUGUGAAGUGGACACAUCAAUUGUGAUGUUAAAUAACUCACAAUCAGCAAUGUAUUUUAAUCAACUUAAAAAUGCGUGGAUCUAA